AUGGUGAGAUUUCUUUGUGAUUCUCUGAAGUCAGUUCUAAUUUUUCUGUCCUCAGCAAACCUUAUUGCAGGUCUCAAGUGCGUGUGCCAGCUGUGUGAGCACACCAACUUCACCUGCCAUACAGAGGGUGCCUGCUGGGCCUCGGUCAUGCUGACCAACGGGCGGGAGGAGGUGAUCAAGUCUUGUGUCUCCCUUCCAGAGCUGAACGCACAGGUCUUCUGCCACAGUUCCAAGAACAUCACAAAGACCGAGUGCUGCUACACUGACUUCUGCAACAACAUUACCCUCCGCCUGCCCGUCGCGUCGGAGUCUCCCAGCAGAGCCAGUGCGGGACCGGUGGUGCUGGCAGUGACAGUGGCGGUGCCGGUCUGCAUCCUGUCCCUCGCAGCGGUGCUGGUGGCAUGUACCUGCCAGAGCCGGCGCUGUGCCCACGGCAGGGUGAAGCAGCCCAACGUGGAGGAGCCCCUCUCCGAGUGCAACCUGGUGAACUCUGGGAAGACGCUGAAGGAUCUCAUCUAUGAUAUGACAACCUCUGGCUCUGGCUCUGGUUUACCUCUGCUUGUACAAAGAACCAUCGCGAGGACUAUUGUCCUGCAGGAAAUUGUAGGAAAAGGCCGAUUCGGCGAAGUCUGGCAUGGAAAAUGGUGUGGGGAAGACGUAGCUGUGAAAAUCUUCUCCUCCAGAGAUGAACGAUCCUGGUUCCGUGAGGCAGAAAUUUAUCAGACGGUUAUGCUGAGACACGAGAACAUCCUGGGCUUCAUUGCAGCCGAUAACAAGGAUAACGGGACAUGGACGCAGCUCUGGCUUGUCUCUGAGUACCACGAGCAAGGGUCCCUGUUCGACUACCUGAACAGAGGCACGGUGACAGUGGAAGGCAUGGUGAAGCUAGCGCUGUCGGUGGCCAGUGGCCUGGCGCACCUCCACAUGGAGAUUGUCGGCACACAAGGCAAGCCAGCGAUCGCUCACCGAGAUCUGAAAUCUAAAAACAUCUUGGUGAAGAGGAACGAAAGCUGCGCCAUCGCAGACCUGGGCCUGGCAGUGAAGCAUGACUCAGUGCUGAACACCAUCGAUAUUCCCCAGAACCCCCGGGUUGGGACCAGGAGGUAUAUGGCUCCUGAGAUACUUGAUGACGUGAUGAAUAUGAACAUCUUCGAGUCCUUCAAGCGUGCAGAUAUAUACUCUCUUGGGCUAGUAUACUGGGAAAUAGCCCGAAGGUGCUCUGUUGGAGGAAUCACUGAGGAAUACCAGCUGCCUUACUAUGAUGUUGUGCCUUCUGAUCCUUCAAUAGAAGAUAUGAGAAGGGUAGUUUGUGAACAGAAGCUCAGACCAAAUAUUCCAAACCAGUGGCAAAGCUGUGAGGCACUGCGAGUGAUGGGCAGGAUAAUGCGUGAAUGCUGGUAUGCCAACAGCGCCGCGCGACUGACUGCGCUGCGUAUCAAGAAGACCAUCUCACAGCUCUGCAUGCAGGAGGACUCCAAAGCCUGAUGGAGCUCCCUGGAGGAUAAGAGGGGAAUGAAUUCUUCUGUUCAUCUUUUAACAUGUGACAUUAUUUUUAUUUUUGGUCUACCUCAGAUAGCAUGGUUCAGUAUUUAAGUGCCCAAACCAGAGCACUGACAUCUAACUUCAUAUCUGGCCACUGGAAGGGGCAGCUUUUGACUUGUAGAUCAUGUUUUAUACAGGAAGUCAACGACUUGCUUUGGUUUUCUAAUAUUGGACACUAGGCUAAUUGCAGAAAGGAGCUUAAAACACCACGGCAGUGUAAAAAUACCUUCUGCUGUUGUGCUUUUUAUCCUAAUCAAACCCCAAACCUAUUGGAAAUAGCUGGUAUUGCUUAAAGCCUGUUUGCAAGGGAAACCACAAGUUUUAUCCUCAAACCAAGUAAAAGACCAAAUUUAAUCCAGCUUUUUACAUAUUUUUACGCAGGUAUCUGAAAAGGGCCUGUCAAUAAAAUGCAUUUUUAAACGCUCUAUUUAUCAUUACCGAAGCAAAUAAAAAA